AUCGGUUCAGGGGUAGCUUGUGGGGCGCUGGAGUGGAGCCGCCGCCGCCGCCCGGUGAUCACAGCACCCGCUCUCGCCAUGUCGGACUUCGACAGUAACCCCUUCGCGGACCCGGACCUCAACAACCCCUUCAAGCAAGGGCUCUGGUUGGUGAUUAGUCCUUUGAACCCCACAGAAGAAUUUUCCCUGUGGUCACAAGUUUGUCACAGCUUCAGCUCAGAACAAGCACAUAAAGUCGUGAAGAGGAUCCUUCAGUUACACAAGUGACAAGAAAUGUUCCACCGGGAUUAGACGAGUACAAUCCUUUCUCAGAUUCCAGAACACCUCCACCAGGAAAUGUGAAAAUGCCUAACACACCUGCACCCAGUACACAACCAGCUAUAAUGAAACCAACAGAGGAACCUCCUGCUUACACACAAGUAGCAAAGGAGCAUGCAUUGGCCCAGGCUGAGCUGCUUAAGCGCCAAGAAGAACUAGAAAGAAAAGCAGCAGAACUAGAUCGCAGAGAAAGGGAAAUGCAGAAUCUCAAUCGACAGGGUGGCAGGAAAAAUAAUUGGCCGCCUCUUCCUGGGAAUUUUCCAGUGGGUCCUUGUUUCUACCAGGAUUUUUCUGUAGACAUUCCUGUAGAAUUCCAGAAGACAGUAAAGAUUAUGUACUACUUGUGGAUGUUCCAUGCAGUGACACUGUUUCUAAAUAUCUUUGGAUGUUUGGCCUGGUUUUGUGUUGAUCCUGCACGAGGGGUUGAUUUUGGAUUGAGUAUCCUCUGGUUCUUGCUUUUUACUCCUUGUUCAUUUGUCUGCUGGUACAGACCACUUUAUGGAGCCUUCAGGAGUGACAGUUCUUUCAGAUUCUUUGUGUUCUUCUUUGUGUAUAUCUGUCAAUUUGCUGUACAUGUACUCCAGGCUGCGGGAUUUCAAGGAUGGGGUAACUGUGGAUGGAUUUCAUCUUUGACUGGGCUUAACGAGAGUAUUCCUGUUGGCAUUAUGAUGAUAAUCAUAACAGCACUUUUCACAGCAUCUGCUGUCAUCUCACUAGUUAUGUUUAAAAAGGUGCACGGCCUGUACCGCACAACCGGUGCUAGUUUUGAGAAAGCUCAGCAAGAGUUUGCAACUGGUGUGAUGUCCAACAAAACCGUACAAACAGCUGCAGCAAAUGCUGCAUCUACAGCAGCAACUAGUGCAGCUCAAAAUGCUUUCAAGGGUAACCAAAUUUAGUGAAAUACAAAAAUCACUACAGUUCUCUUAGACUAUACUUUAUUUUCCAUCUUAUUAAUUCUAUUCCUAAAGACUUGCGUUCAAAAUACACACAGCAUGUAUGUCUCUCCUUCAGCUGUGCAUGGGCUAAAACAGGAAAAAAAUCUUGUUUUAUUCCUUUAUGCAUUUAUUUAUCAAAACAAAAAACCCACAGCCAACCUUCUUUGCCCUCUUUAAAAAGUUAAAUACAGUCUAGAUAUAUAAUUCUCCAUAUUUUCUGGAGGAGCAAUAUUUUGGUGGAAACUUCAGCAAUGGAUCUGAAAUUGAUAUGGUACUUUCUGUGAUCAGUUAAAUGUAUUUACAGGGUUUUUUUUUAGUAUUUCACGCUGGAAUCUUUUUUUGUUUUAACUUAAGGAAAGCACUUUGGAGCAGUUAUUUUUGUUCCUGAGAGCCUGUUUCCCUAUUUCUACUGUAAGAAGUAGACUGAUAGCUUGAGACUUAGAUUUGGCUGCUGCUGUGGCAGUUUAAGCAGCUGAUGGACAGAUACAAGUAUGGUAGAUAAUGUAAAUUCUUUUUUUUGUUUUAGGGCAGUAGGUUUUUUGAUAUAAAUCUGCAAGUUUGCAUGAAUAUUGUUGAGAUAUUUGGCCAUGCUGAAUUAGUGUUUUGGUCCAGGAUUUAUCUGUACCACUUAUGAUUAUAGUGUUGGUUUGUAUCCGUUUUCAUGGCAUACUUUCUUCUAAAUCAGAAAUGGCUAUUGCAUAGACAUUCUCGCUGCCAGAAUGUGUAAUGCCAUGUACAGUUAAGAGAAGUUAACUGAUGGUUUUGAUCAAAGAGCUAAAUGAUUAUAUUUGCUAUUUUUAAUUUCAGUUUUAUGUCUUAGGAAAACACAUUCUGUUAUCGGAAAAACUAUCAACCUUUAGAAUACUUCCAUAACCAGUUGUUUGCCUCCUUUUAAAUGCAGUGAAAUUUUUGUGGGGGCUGUGUGUGUGGGAGGGAAUGUUGGAUUUUUUUUUUUUUUCAGUGUCAAUUAGUGUUUACCAGUGGUACUAAAUCUAUAGCUUGGUCAGUCACUCUAUUUACUGCUUGUCCAAAAAUCUGAAUAUACAGUAUUUCAUUUAAUUUUUUUACAGGAAUAUUUUCUCUAAUCAAACUUUUUAAACUGUGGCACGCAUACUAUUUUAGUGCACCUCAGCCUUCAUGUGUGAUUUGAUUCAAGCUGAAUAAUGAAGAUUCUUAACUAUUUUUGAGUUGGAAAAGUGAAUUUUUUUUUAUUUCCAUUGAGAGAAUAAAAUUAAAUACUUUCAUAUUGUUGAAAUGAAUGUCUUUCUAAUAAAUUAAACUGAUGCUGUGAUGCACCGUGAUUCAUGCCAGAACUUAGCAUAGUAAUUUUCCAAAUCCUAAUCAGCUCUUGCUUCAAAAUCAUGUUGCUGUCUAUUUAAGGCCAUUUGAAAUUCCUAGGUAGGUUGGUUGAUUGAAUGAUAAUAUAUGUAGCAGUUUGGACUAAGUUUAAAAUUGUAAAAUGCCAGUUUCAGAAAGUGAGAUCAUUAAGGACCUGAUCCCCAAAUCUUACAUAAAUGCUUUCACUGAAAUCAGUAUGACUUCUCAUAUGAAUAAGAGUUUGCAAGAUUGAACCUUAAAAUUAUAAAGGCCUAGUGUAUACUAGGACAUUUGAUUGGUAUAACUAUGUUGCUCAGGAAUGUGAAAAUCUGCAGCAUUUUAAGUGUAGACAAGCCCAGAGAGGCCCCAUGUCCUGAAUGUGGCUUGGUUUUGAUAGAGGAAUAAUCUUCUCAUUUCAAUUUAUGGAUAUUGUAAAAUAAUACCAUUUUUAAAAAUACCCAUUGACAACUUAAUACCUGGAGCAGCGUAGCACUUGCAUAUGUAAAUCCCUGUAUAAAUUACAAGUACAACUUAAAUUCGUAAUUUAAUUUCUCGAAAUCCCAUUUUAGUAGUAAAGAUAAAUAUGUUAAAAACAUAUUAUAUGAUGAUCUAUACUGAAGUUGUUGUUCAUAAUUAUAUUGUCUCCGGAUAGAAUUCUCUUCACUAUGAAGUAAACAAUGCAAUUGAAAUAACAGUAACAGGGACUCUCUAAAGGUUUUCCCCAGCACUUUAAGUCAGUAGAGGAGGUUUAAUUUUUCUAAAAAUUUGUUUAAUCUUUAAUGUUCCAUCUGAAUUUUUUUUUUUACAGUUUGCGUUGUGGUCUGCUAACACGUUUCAGGCCUCUCUAGAUCCAAGUCCUACUUUAGUGAGUCGUCUUAACCAAAUAUAAAAAUUGUACCAAGGACUUCCUUUAAGGGUGGAUCUUUAGCCUGAAUUAAGCUUUUUUCUUUUUCUCAUGGGGUAUGAGGGACACCAUCCUCACAGUUAAAUUUAUUAUCAUACUGUAGAAAAGUAGAUCACCAGCAUGUGAUGAUAUUAAAAAGCAACUUGAAACUGACAGGCACAUGCCUAGUUACAUUCUUAUAGAAUAUAUACAUAUGGUGGUUUCAUUUUUACCAUGUUUACCUCUGCACUCAAAAAUGCAUGAUGGUACAAAACUAAUAUAUAUGAAUAUUUGAUCCAAAGGAAAAAUAUUCUCAUUUUAGAUUUGAGAACUGAAGGCUGAUGUUCGUUAAAAUAUUUUUACUUAACUAACAGGUAUUGGUCUAUCAGUUAACACAAUAUGCACCCCACUUAAUCUGCCAUUUUUGUUGUAUUGUGGCAAAUUUGGUUGAAAGUAUGAAGUUUAAACACUGGAAUGUCAAUAGUCAGUGAUCUGUAAUUUAGGAUUUGGAUUUAUUUAUCCAAGGGAUGUUUGUAUAUUUUGUAAAUUACUAACAAUGCUCUGCCAUCCUAGUGAAUGUCACGUUUCUGUAGAAACGCACUCAUUCUGUCCCACUGAUGUUGCAUGUCUGAGUAGUUCACAAGUUUUGUAUAUUUAUUGUAUUAAUACAAGGUUAUAGAAUAAAAAUACUGUUUUCUGGAUGUUUGCUCAGAAUAGUUUUAAACAUAGGGAUUUUUUUAAAGGUCAAGUAAACAUGCAGGAAGGCUGCUCUGUAUAAAAAUAUCAUUUGGUUUUUACAACCUGUAUAUAAAUUCUGUAAUCUGCUGAAAUGGGAAAGUAAGAUGUCCACUACCAGAAUAACAAAUUAGUAUGACUAGACUUGGACUACUAAAAUAGUAUGAAGGAAAACUUCAGCAGCACUUGCAGCACUUUGUACGUGUGCUAUAAAUUGAAAGUUUAAAACAAAACCAAAUCUCACACAAAAAAAGCUGUUUUGUCAGUACAUAAUGAAACUACAAGUAUUAAACCUUACGUAGGAUUUUACUGGAAGUAAAAUGAAUCUUCUGAAAACAAUAUUGGUUUUGCUACUGUUUAUUUUUCUGUUUUCGGAAUUGAUGCUUCUGUAUCAAUAUUUUGUUCUGCUGUUUCUGUUCUAGUGUUACGGUGUAACAUUGCUGUCUACUGCUGUUUCAUAUAAUUAAUAUGUCAAGUAUGUUAUUGGAUUUAUUACCAUAUUAAGAGUUUGUAAACAGCUAACUUGACAGUUGAUGUAGACAAUUGUACUGUAAUAGUGUUUUGCAAAUGCACAGUACAGUGAUACUCUUGUUCUGAUAUGUAGCCAGUAUUUUCUGUAGGCAGCUUUCCAAUCAGAAGUGACUUGUUCAAGACAGUUGCAUACUAACAGUAGUGAAAUUAUCUAUCACCAAUUUUCACUGUUUUCCUCUUCCUUUGUUACUCUGUAUUUAGACGUUUUGGCAGCAGAAUAACUUCUUUAAAGGGGCACAUUCAACUCUAAAAAGUUUUGGGUAUACUAUACAACAAGUAAUAUUUAAAAUGGCUAAAAUAAAAAGCAAAAAAAUCCCACUUUUGUGUAUAGUCAGUUAUGAUAUAGUUGCACUUCCUUGCUCAUGAUUAGAAUGAUUACAUAACUGUCAUGCAUUGCUCCCCAGGCUCUGCCCAUGGAGGUUUACCAGGAAAAAAAUGGCAGCAGAAAGGCAGAGAAUUGGGGAGGGGAAAGAAGUGUGGGCCUGAGCGCUCUGUAAGACCCUUGGAAACAAACAUCAGCAGGGAGGCAGAAAAACACUUACAAAAACUUUACAAGGUGUCAAGUAUCAGAGGGGUAGCCGUGUUAGUCUGUAUCCA